AUGACACUGAAAGAAGGAAACACAUACGUCAUGAGUACAGGCCUGGCCGAAAGUUUCAUCCAGCAAAUGUAUAACGUUACAGAUACUUUCACAGAUGUCAACAUUUCCAGCACAAAUUUCGGUUCACUUGUUUCUGCCGUAACAACGCCUUCCGGGUUAAUGAGCACUGACCUUCAGAAACUUAUUAAUUUCAUUGACUUCAUCAUCAUCCAGUCUGUCGUAAUUCUGUCGGGAAUAGCGGCUAACGGCCUCAGCAUCUAUAGCUUUGCCAAGAUUGGUCUGGGCGACACGGUGACCAUCUCUUUCUUUGCGCUGUCCUUGACCGACAUGUGCUGCCUUCUGGUGGCCGUGUACAACUGGCUGUGUUAUACCCUUUACCGGUCUCCGGUCUCGUGGCCGGUGGACAUGUUUACGCUCAUGUACCUUGGCGUCUGGUACUUCCAGGCUUUCUACGACGUCUCUAUGCUGAUCACAACCUACACUGCAGUUCAGAAAUGCUGCUGCAUCGCGCUGCCUUUUCACUUUAGAAGCGUCUUCACCAAGAGGAGGACGUUCGUCAUGAUAGUCUGCAUCGUUCUCCUUUGCGGGGCCGCAUACGCUCCCGUGUUCGCCACUCAGGGGCUUCAGAAAGUGUCGGGCAUUUCAAAUAAUACGUCAACUUCUUACACGGUCUGGUUCUCAAGCAACAGGGAGGAAAUUAUCGGCAUUAAUGACAUCAUCAUCCGGGUAUUUCUCCAGAAUGCCUGCGAGGUCAUCGUUUUAUCCUGCCUCUUCAUCCUCACCAACACCUUGCGGCGACAGUACAACUUCCGGCGCUCAGUGUCCCUGCAUAGCUUCAGCGACGUCAGCAACGAUGCUUCACAGAAUGACAUCGUCAACAACAACCAGCAGGGUGCGAGCCACGAUAAAGUCAACAAAGUUUCUGCCAAAGAGCUUCAGGUUAUCAAAUCCGUCACGCUGCUCUCGGCAGUGUUCGUCACCUGUAACAUGCCCAGAAUCGUACUGUCCCUCGCUCGGGUGAUCGUUCCAGAACUGGACACGUACAGGCGGUUCCACAACAUCCACCUGACGCUUCAGAUGUUUCGACGAGUGGUGGAAGUCUCGGGAACCAGCGCCAACUUUAUCAUCUUGUACAAGUUUAACUAUACAUUCCGCGAAGCCAUUGUAAACUUAUUUCAAUGCUGUAAGGCUCAUUGA